AUGGCAGAUAAUCCUACUCUUGAAGGCACAUAUGGUCGCGGUGAUAAUGGACAUCUGGAUGCUUCAGGCCCGCGGGAGGUGGUUUAUUGUCACCAAUGUGAUAACGAGUGGUGGCGGGACGGCGAGAGCUUGACUUGCCCACGGUGUCAGCAUGAAUUUACGGAGAUAGUUACUCCCGAUAACGAUCCUCGACCUAUUCGAGAGGAGCCACCACCACACCCAUUGCACAACCAUAAUCCUUGGGCAGGCAGUGAUUCGGACCCAGAAGAUGCAGAUAUAGAGGAGCAUGUGACGCAUGGCCCCGGGGGGUCCAUAUUCUUUACUCAGACUAUUCGUACGUCGAGACCCCAUGGUACGUCUGGGAACCAGGGCAGGAGAGAUGCAGCAUCGCAGGGUGAUCCAGACAAUGUCAUGGCGGGCUUCCAAAACAUGUUGGGCUCGCUGAUGGGGCCAGAUUUUCGUGCUGGUCAAGCUGGACGAUCAGGCCCCGAAACUUUGUACCCCCAGAACACUUUUGGUGGUGGCGGUAUCCGUAUUGGCGGUGAUUCAGGUCCUCGUAUAACCGGUGGACGAUUUACAUUCACUACUGGGCCUUUGCGGCCAAGAAAUGCAGACGAGCCGCAGCCAGCAGAUGGUGCCCGGGUUGAUGAUCUAGCUACGUACGAUUCCCUUCCCAGCAGAACUUCUCCUAUGGGCCUUCCACCACUUGUCAUCAUCCUUAGAAACCCUCCUGACCAGGUUGCUAGGAUCGUUGGGAGUAUAUUUGGUGCCAUGGCCCCGAGCGAUGAGCAUCGUCCUCGCAAUAAUAAUCCCAAUAGGAUGCCCCCGGGCCUUGAAGCUCUUUUUGCGUCAAUACUCAAUGCGGGGAGUGCCCAUUCAGGGGAUGCUGUGUAUUCACAAGAAGCUCUCGAUCAGAUAAUUUCGACGUUGAUGGAGCAACACCCUACCUCCAAUGCUCCUGGCCCCGCAUCCCCCGCCGCCAUAGCAGCACUUCCAAAGAAAAAAUUAGACGAGAAGAUGCUAGGCCCAGAAGGUAAAGGAGAAUGCAGUGUAUGCAUGGACGAUGUCGAGAUUGGAGACGAGAUGGCUCUCCUACCUUGCUCCCACUGGUUUCAUGAAGCCUGUGCAGGCGCAUGGCUUAGUGAGCACAAUACCUGCCCCAUCUGUAGGAAAGGCAUCGAAGGCGAUUCAACCUCCCCAAAUGUCCGAAGAUCCAGCCAAACCGGCUCGCCGGCUCAUAGCGAUCCCCAACCUCGCAGCGCGAGCGUAUCAAGUCCACGAUUAAGUCCUACUAAUACCUCAAAUAGUAGCGGCAGAAACGAAGCUAGGUUAGACGCCAUCCGCAAUAUUGGAAGACCAACACCAGCUGAAGAGUAUCAAGCCAAUAGGAGAUUGCACGUAGUUGGCCAGCCUCGACAGGACCAAACAGCCGAUGAAUCAAGGACGGGGGGGUAUUCCACAUCGAUAUUUUCACGGCCGAGGGAUAGAGAUGAUCGAUACGAGAGCCAACGUGAUACCAGAGGUGCUAGUCAUACGAGCAGCAGUGACGAUUCCCGGGGUUCUCGGAGGAGCUCGCAGUCUGGGGGACAGGGUACUGGUACAGGACCCCUAGCUUGGCUACGGGAUCGCUUUGGCGGGAAUCCUCGGAGACAUGAUUAG